AUGUCCAACGUAGAGGGGCCGGCGGCCCCGCCGCCAGAAGGCGUGGUGCCCGACUUUCAGAACCCGAAGGAUGUCCUGCACACGAUCAACCUGGUGUCGCAGAUCCUCUCCAUCGUGAUGGUCAGCCUGUUCAUGAUCUUGCGUCUGUACGCCAAGAUGUUCAUCGCGCCGCCGUUCCACACUGAGGACUGGGUAGCCGUGGUCGCUUGGAUCCUGUCACUUGGGUACAGCGCCACCGCGCUCGUCAUGUAUCGUUACGGCGGUGGAUUUCACGUUUACGAGCUGUCAAAAGCAGACUUCAUGGGCUUCAACAAGCUCGCCCUUCUCUUGGUCGUCUUACGCGUCUUUCGGUUCCACAACAAGACGAGGAUAGGGAUAUACGCCUUAUCCCUCUUCAUGACCGGGUACUACCUGCCCGUCUUCAUCCUCAAAGCACUCAUCUGCCGGCCCGUCGCGGGGUUCUGGGACCCGUCUAUCGAGGCCGUCUGCUUCGACCAGCGCGCCAUCUUCGUGGCGGACACGGUUAUCAGUGCCAUCACGGAUCUGGCCGUUCUCUGCUUACCGAUCCCUGUUGCCGUGACCCUCCGGAUGUCGUGGACCAAACGGCUGAAGGUCAUCGGCAUGCUUAGCGCCGGAGGCGUCGCGACGGCGGCGAGCAUUGUGCGUAUGGUCAUCGUCAUCCAGCUGCAAAAGUCCAACGACCAAUCGGUGGACUUUAUCCGCUUCAACCUCCUUGGAACCGCUGAGGUGAGCAUAGGGAUGAUCUGCGCGUGCUUCCCCGCCAUCAACAUCCUUUUGACGCACGGCUUCGACUGCUCGCAAGAAUCGAGCCGCAACACCGGCGGAAGCAGCACCAAGAGGAUCAUCGAGCUCAAAUUUCUCAAGGGAAGUCGGCUGCGGACCCAGCAGAUGACGGAGGCGCAGGUCGAGCCCCAGCCCGAGCCCCAGCAGCCUCCCAUCCCGGAGAGGGGGAGUGUGGGCUACAUAUUUCCCAUUGAGCGUCUGAGCCGCCUCCAAUCGUCUUCGCAGCCGGGAGUCAGGGCGGCCACGCCGCCUGACGAGUGGUGUUCGCAAGUGGUUUCCUCCCCCUUCUCGGAGCCCGAUUCCCCGGACUGGGCUCGGAAGGGGUCUGUUUGUUAG